UGGAGGUUGCAGUGAGGUGAGAUCAAGCAACUGUACUCUAGCCUAGGUGACAAGAGUGAGACUCCAUCUCAAAAAUAAAAAACAAAAAAACCCAAAAAUGAUGUUAAAUAAUAACUUCAUAAGUUAAGUGAAGCCUCAAUACUUUUUAGGUUUUGUCUUUUUUGUUUGGUUGUUAUUGUGGGAAGAUACACAUAACAUGUAAUUUAUCGUUUUAACCGUUUUAGUGUACAUUUCAGUGGCAUUAUUUACAAUGAAGUGUAAACCAUUACCACUCUUCAUUUUCAGAACUUUGUAUUAUCCCAUACAAACAUUUUCUACUCAUAAAUCAAUACUUUGUCAUUCCCCUUUCCUCCAAAUACCUGGGAGUUCCUUUAUUGUACUUCUGGCUCCGAAUAGAAAUCUCAUAUAAAUGUACUCGUACAAUUUUGUCCUUUUACAUCUGGCUCAUUUCACUUGGUAUAUUUCAGAUAUUCAUCAAUGAGUGACAUGUAUCAGAAUUUUUUAGACAAGGUCUCCAUCACCAAAGCUGGAGCACAUUGGUGUGAUCUGACCCCAUUGCAACCUCAAACGGCUUGGCAGAAACCUCCCAUUCUUUUAGGCUGAAUUUGGCUGAAUAAUAUUCUAUUCUGUAGAUAAUCCACAUUUUCUUAUUCCUUUAAUCUCUGGUGAAUAUCAGCGUUGUUCUACUUCGACUCCUGUGAUAAUGCUGCCUUGAACAUUGAUGCAUACAGAGCUUUGAGUCCCUGUUUUCAGUGUCUGAAGUUCAAUUUCUUCAUCUCUUUGCCAAUAAAUGAAAAGAAAAAAAACUUCUUCAUUUGUAUUUCCUCGAUUCAUAAUAGCUAUCCUAAUGAGAGUGAAUUGAUAUCACAUUAUGGUUUUGAUUCGUGUUUGAGAUGUCUAUUCCAGUUCUUUGCCUAUUUUGAGUUGUUGAGUCUUUUUAUAACUUAUUUUGUAUUCUGUAUUUUUAUUACUUAUCAGGUUUAUGAUUUGCAAAUAUUUUUUCUUUUCAGUAUCUUGAUUGUGAUUCAUUAAUGUACAUAGUUUUUAAUUUUGAUGAAACAAAGUAAAUCUCCUUUUUUGUUACCUCUGUCCCUGGUGCCAUGUCCAGAAAAAUCAAUGCUAAAUUCAAUGUCAUAUAGAUUCUUCCUGUAUACCUUUCUAAGACUUUUAUAGCUUUAUCUGUUAAGUUUAUGUGUCUCAUUCAUUUUAAGCUAACUUUCGUAUAUGACAUGACAGAGGCCCAAUUUUAAUCUUUUUAUACAGAUAUUUAUUUAGCUUAAUAUUGUAACACAAAUGCCAGGUGUAUGUCUGGUAGCUACAGUGUUCACUCUCAUUAUGCUGUUUGUGCUCAUUCUUUCAUUGUAUUAUCAUGUAGCAGACAUUAAUUUGUUUUGUUAACUGACGGUUCUCAAAUUAAGUAGGCAAAGUUAGGCUCUUAGUGAUUCUACUCCCACAUUGAUUUUUAAUUUUUAAACCUGGUUUAAUACAAUUUAUUUUUACAAAGAACGUAUGUUUUUUUUUUCUUUUUCUUUUUUUUUUUUUAAGAUGGGGUUUUGCCAUGAUAGCCAGGCUGGUCUUGAACUUCGACCUCAGGUGAUCCACCCACCUUGGCCUCCCAAAGUGCUAGGAUUACAGGCGUAAGCCACCGCACCUGGCCAGAGCAUAUGUUUUGAUUCUGUAUAUUACCUGUCAUUUUAUCAUUAAAUCAUUUUCAGUUAGCUUUGAUUGACUGUAAUCCAUGUACUUUGUCCAGUGCUGAAAUUCAAUUUCAUAUUGCCCAUUUGUAUGAAACCCAGAGGAAGUAUCAUUCUGCAAAGGAAGCAUAUGAACAACUUUUACAGAAAGAAAACCUUCCUGCACAAGUAAAAGCAACUGUAUUACAACAGUUAGGUUGGAUGCAUCAUAAUAUGGAUGUAGCAGGAGACAAAGCCACAAAGGAAAGCUAUGCUAUUCAGUAUCUCCGAAAGUCAAUAGAGGCAGAUCCUAAUUCUGGCCAAUCUUGGUAUUUCCUUGGAAGGUGUUAUUCGAGUAUUGGGAAAGUUCAGGAUGCCUUUGUAUCUUACAGGCAAUCUAUUGAUAAAUCAGAAGCAAGUGCAGAUACAUGGUGUUCAAUAGGUGUGUUGUAUCAGCAGCAAAAUCAGCCUAUGGAUGCUUUACAGGCCUAUAUUUGUGCUGUACAAUUGGACAAUGGCCAUGCAGCAGCCUGGAUGGACCUAGGUACUCUCUAUGAAUCCUGCAGUCAGCCUCAGGAUGCUAUUAAAUGCUACUUAAAUGCAACUAGGAGCAAACAUUGUAGUAAUACCUCUACACUUGCUGCAAGAAUUAAAUUUCUACAGGCUCAGUUGUGUAACCUUCCACAAGGUAGUCUACAGAAUAAAACUAAAUUACUUCCUAGUAUUGAGGAGGCGUGGAGCCUACCAAUUCCCGCAGAGCUUACCUCCAGGCAGGGUGCCAUGAACACAGCACAGCAGGCAUAUAAACAUCAUCAUCCAAAUACUGAACCUGUAUUAAACCAUAGUCAAACACCAAUUUUACAGCAACCCUUGUCACUACACAUGAUUACUCCUAGCCAAGUAGAAGGCCCGUCCAGUCCUGCCAAGAAGACAAGAACAUCUAGUCAAACAAAGAAUGUUUCUGAUAACUGGAAUAGCGGCCAAAGUGUUUCACAUCAUUCAGAACAGCAACAAGUUUAUUCGCUGUGUUUGACACCACAGAAAUUACAGCGGUUGGAACAACUGCGUGCAAAUAGAGAUAAUUUAAAUCCAGCACAGAAACAUCAGCUAGAACAGUUAGAAAGUCAGUUUGUCUUAAUGCAGCAAAUAAGACACAAAGGAGUUGCUCAGGUACGAACUACUGGAAUUCAUAAUGUGGCAAUAGCUGAUUCAUCACUGUCUACAAACUCUAUCUCUAAUCGACAACCACAUGCUGCUCUGACCCGAGUAUCUAGCGUCUCUCAGCCUGGAGUUCACCCUGCUUGCACUGAAAAAUCUUUGUCCAGUGGAGCUUUUUCUGCAGGUUGUAUUCCUUGUGGCACAUCAAAAAUUCUAGGAAGUACAGACACUAUCUUAGUAGGCAGUAAUUGUAUAGCAGGAAGUGAAAGUAAUGGAAAUGUGCCUUACCUGCAGCAAAAUACAUUUAUUCUACCUCAUAAUCGUACAGACCUGAACAGCAGCACAGAAGAGCCAUGGAGAAAACAGCUUUCUAACUCUGCUCAGGGGCUUCAUAAAAGUCAGAGUUCGUGUUUGUCAGGAGCUAAUGAAGAACAACCUCUGUUUUCUACUGGGUCUGCCCAGUAUCACCAGGCAACUAGCACUGAUUUUAAGAAGCGGAAUGAACAUCUAACUUUGUGUAGUGAUUCAGUACCACAGAAAGUCGCUGACAGUCACCUCUCCUCUCAUGUUGCUACCUCAGAUGGACAACAAGGCAUUAUUUUUACCAAAGACAGCCAGCCUUCAAAACAUAGAUCAUUUGUGCCUGAAACAAGCAGGCAUACUGGAGACACAUCAAAUGGCUCUGCUGAUGUCAAGGGACUUUCUAAUCAUGUUCAUCAUGUGAUAGCAGAUGUUGUUUGCAGUCCUAAUCAUGGAGAUUCACCAAAUUUAUUAAUUUCAGAUAAUCCUCAGCUUUCUGCCUUGUUGAUUGGAAAAGCCAGUGACAAUAUGGGUACUGGAACUUGUGACAAAGUCAAUAAUAUUCCCCCAGCUGUUCAUACAAAGAUUGAUAAUUCUGUUGCCUCGUCACCCUCUUCAGCCAUUUCCACAGCAACACCUUCUCCUAAGUCCACUGAGCAGACAAGUAUACACAGUGUUACCAGCCUUAACAGUUCUCACAGUGGAUUACAUGCAGUUAAUGGAGAAGGGCUGGAGAACUCACAGAGUUCUACAAAAGUAGACCCACCUUUAGUUAACCACAGAUCCACUUCUCAGAUCAUACCAUCGAUGUCUGUGUCUAUAUGCCCCAGUUCAGCUGAAGUUCUGAAAGCAUGCAGGAAUCUAGGUAAAAAUGGCUUGUUUAAUAGCUGCAUUUUAUUGGAUAAAUGUCCACCUCCAAGGCCACCAACUUCUCCAUACCCGCCCUUGCCAAAGGACAAAUUGAACCCACCCACACCUAGUAUCUAUUUGGAAAAUAAACGUGAUGCUUUCUUUCCUCCAUUACAUCAAUUUUGCACAAAUCCAAAAAACCCUGUUACAGUAAUACGUGGCCUUGCUGGAGCUCUUAAGUUAGACCUGGGACUUUUCUCUACUAAAACUUUGGUGGAAGCUAACAAUGAACAUAUGGUAGAAGUGAGGACACAGUUGUUGCAACCAUCAGAUGAAAACUGGGAUCCCACUGGAACAAAGAAAAUUUGGCGUUGUGAAAGUAACAGAUCUCAUACUACAAUUGCUAAAUAUGCACAAUACCAGGCCUCCUCCUUCCAGGAAUCAUUGAGAGAAGAAAAUGAGAAAAGAACACAACACAAAGAUCAUUCAGAUAAUGAAUCCACAUCUUCAGAGAAUUCUGGAAGGAGAAAGAAAGGACCUUUUAAAACUAUUAAAUUUGGGACAAACAUUGACCUUUCUGAUAACAAAAAGUGGAAGUUGCAGUUACAUGAGCUGACUAAACUUCCUGCCUUUGUGCGUGUGGUGUCAGCAGGAAAUCUUCUAAGCCACGUUGGGCAUACCAUUCUGGGCAUGAAUACAGUACAACUAUAUAUGAAAGUUCCAGGGAGUCGAACGCCAGGCCACCAAGAAAAUAACAACUUCUGCUCUGUUAACAUAAAUAUUGGUCCAGGAGAUUGUGAAUGGUUUGUUGUACCUGAAGAUUACUGGGGUGUUCUGAAUGACUUCUGUGAAAAGAACAAUUUGAAUUUUUUAAUGAGUUCUUGGUGGCCCAACCUUGAAGAUCUUUAUGAAGCAAAUGUUCCUGUGUAUAGAUUUAUUCAGCGACCCGGAGAUUUGGUCUGGAUAAAUGCAGGCACUGUGCAUUGGGUUCAAGCUGUUGGGUGGUGCAACAACAUUGCCUGGAAUGUUGGUCCACUUACAGCCUGCCAGUAUAAAUUGGCAGUGGAACGGUACGAAUGGAACAAAUUCCAAAGUGUGAAGUCGCUAGUACCCAUGGUGCAUCUUUCCUGGAACAUGGCACGAAAUAUCAAAGUCUCAGAUCCAAAACUUUUUGAAAUGAUUAAGUAUUGUCUUUUGAAAAUUCUGAAGCAAUGUCAGACAUUGAGAGAAGCUCUUCUUGCAGCAGGAAAAGAGGUUAUAUGGCAUGGGCGGACAAAUGAUGAACCAGCUCAUUACUGUAACAUUUGUGAGGUGGAGGUUUUCAAUCUGCUUUUUGUCACUAAUGAAAGCAAUACUCAAAAAACCUACAUAGUACAUUGCCAAGAUUGUGCCCGAAAAACAAGCAGAAGUUUGGAAAAUUUUGUGGUGCUAGAACAGUACAAAAUGGAGGACCUAAUCCAAGUCUAUGAUCAGUUUAAACUAGGAAGUGAUCAAUACGCUCUUUCAUUAUCAUCCUCAUCUUGAUAUCGUUCCAUGACUAUUAAAUGGGAUCAUUCCUGCUCUUCAGAAAUUCAAAAUUUCUGCACCACUGGUUUUGUAGCUGUUUCAUAAAACUGUUAACUAAAAGCUAUGUCUAUGCAACCUUUCAAGAAUGGUGUGUCAAGGAACUGGACACAGAGAGUACUGCCUUUACUUCGGGACUUACUUGCUGAUCCAGCUGUACUUCAGAAAAAUAAUAUUAAGCAUGUUUUGUGUAUACAAGACAAAACUGUCAAAGUGACACAAAACAGACUUGAAGAUAGCCUUUUUUAUGUUUCUCUAUUUCUGGGCUGAUGAAUUUUUUCAUUUGUAUUAUAACCCUGCAGAAUUUUCCUUGGUUAAAAACACUUUCUUAGCUGGUCAUUUCUUUGUAAAAUAGCAAAUCUAAAUCUCCUAUCAGCUUUUUUUGUUUUUUGUUUUUUUGUUUGUUUGUUUGUUUUUGUUUUUCUUAAAAAUAUGAACUGUUAGGAAGCUUUUUACUGCUUUAUGUUUUUUGGGUGUUUUGAGGACAUGAUGAUUACAUUUAUGGUUUCAAAAUAAUUUUUUAAAAAAUAUUAUUAGACCACAUACAAAGAUAAUGGAUUGCAUAUAGACAAAGAAAUAAACUUCAGAUUUGUGAUUUUGUUUCUAAUCUUGAUACAGAUUUACACUAUUUAUAAAAUACAUAUUUAUUACUUAAAAAUAUUUGUGAAUGGAAUCUUGUUUUUUCCAGACUUAACUGCCAUUAAAUGCUAAGGAGUUCUGUACUUUUAGCCACUACUCCUAUUACAUUUUCUAUGUGUAAAUAAAACUGCCUAGUAGUAUACAUAAAUUUUUAUUAAAAUUGUUAAAUGGUGAGAGGAUUUUCCAAUGUUUGAGUUUAAAAACUUCCUGUAAAAAUCCACUUUUUGUUCAUUUUCAAAUCUAACAAUUAUAUGUAUUUUUAUAUGUGUGUGUGUGUGUAAGUUAACACACACGUAUAAUGUAUACAGAACCCUUAAUAGAACUGUAUAGAUUUUAAAAGUUUUAUUUUUUACAUCUAUGAUAGUUUUUGAGGUGCCUACUAUAAAGUACUACCCACAGAAGUAUGCAGUUUUUAAAGUAAAUGUCUUUUAGUGUGAUUUAUUAAGUUAUAGCCACCACAAUGAUAGCCCAUGAAUAAUUGCUGGCAAAAUGUAUUUUAUAACAGUAAAAGCCAAAUAGUGACAUAAAGAUUUAAAAGGGGACAUUAUUAUAUAGAUUUGAUAAAUCAUGUUUAUAAUUAAACAUUUCUUAUUGUAAAGAGAUUCAGAAUAAUGAUCUCUGUUUUAGAGAACAAUAUGUUAACUGACGUAUUUUUUUAAAACUGGAUGACUUUGAAAUGCUAUACUGUCCUCCUUGUAAAACAACAUGGUUUGGGGUGAAUGGGAGGGGAAAGCAUCACAAAGUCUAAAUCACUAGUAAAUUAUAAUAAGUUCAUUAAAAUUUUUAUUUCCUGUGAACAACUUGCUAAUUAAAUAUCACCUCAUUUUAUAAUAA